UGAAUGGGUUUUUUCCCACAUCCAAUCCUCAGAUGUUAUGGCUGACAAUGGCCGCCUGACACUGACAUCCGAUGUCCUCUCAGCCUUCAGCAAGAUGAGUGUCCACCGUGGAGAGGUCUUUGGCAAUGUCACCACUGCUCAGCCUCUAGAUGCUGCCAACCUCCAAGACCUGAAAGUAGCUCUGAGUGGAUUCUUGGCAAAAGGAGAGACUCUGAAGUUGGAGUCUAAGUCUGACCCUUCCAUCCUCGGGGGAAUGAUUGUCAGCAUUGGGGACAAAUAUGUGGACAUGUCCACCAAGACCAAGAUCCAGAAGCUGACCAAGAUAAUACGGGAGACCUAAGCACCCUGUCAUCUGGGACACUAGUUGACAAUCCAUUCAUUAUGUACAUUUACAUUUGGGCUAUUUAUCAGACACUCUUAACCACUACGUUGACCAUUGCCAUGCUUGGGAAAUGUUACCUUGGAGUUUGUGUCAAAUCAUUUGGUCCUGUGGACUGAAUAAGGACUUUAUUACUGGGUGGUGACAGUAUGUUAAGGGAGAAGUGUUAUUUUUCAUUUUCCAUCUGAAGUUGUGACAUUAAAGCUAAUAUUACUGUUUUAAGAUUCAUAUUA